UGUACAGAAAGAAGCAGAGCCAUGCCUGGAGUGUGCUGGAGUGCCAUCACCGCCAUCUGCCUCGGACUGGCAGGUGUCUGUGGAGACAAGAUCAUUGAUGGGACUGAAGCCCCUCCCCACAGCCGACCCUACAUGGCGUUUUUGAAAAUAGAAAGUUACUUUAAUAAAUACAUCUGUGGAGGGUUCCUUAUUCACCAAGACUUCAUCUUAACAGCAGCCCACUGCGAAGGACAGAAAAUCACUGUGACUCUAGGGGCUCAUAACCUCUCAAGUAAUGAGAUGACCCAGCAGCAGAUACAAGUUCAGGACAUCAUCCCUCAUGAACAAUAUGAUGAGGUGACUUUUGCAAAUGACAUCAUGCUUCUGAAGCUGAACCACAGUGCCAAUCUCACACAUGAAGUAACGACAAUCCGCCUUCCAGAGAGUGGUGAGUCCUUACAGCCUGGUACCUCCUGCUCUGUGGCAGGAUGGGGAAGAAAUGCAACCAAAGGAAGAAUCAGUGAUGUGCUGAGAGAGGUGGAGGUGAAGGUCCAGAAAUACUGUGACUCAACUAAACAGAUAUGUGCAAGAGGCAGUGGGAAAAAGGGAGCUUGUGUCGGAGACUCCGGAGGCCCACUGGUUUGUCUUGGCAGUGGGAACCUCUUCACUGCUGAGGGAAUUGUAUCUUAUGGCCCAGACAAAUGUGAAGAUCCUGACAGUAAUGUCUACACAAAGCUCUCCGAGUAUCGAGACUGGAUCGACCAGAAAAUGGAAGCCAGCAUUUCUGUUUGAGGUGUCUUACAGAACCAGGAAGGUACCACCCCUCGUUCAUUAAGUCAGCUGGGUUCUUGAGCCGCAAGGAUUUUAAAAUAUAGUGCACUUUUAUGUUAGCCUUUAGAAUGCUGACACAGACAGGGUGGAUUACUGGGUGAUUUUAUUUGUUCAUCUGCUUACCUGUCUCAAUAAAGUCUUCAUUG